UGGAUCUGCAAACACAGGGAUCGUGGAAGUCCGCUUCAAGAAACUGCGAUUUUAUUAUUAUUUUUUAACGUUUAUAUUAAAUGCACCGGCGUUAUAUCUAGAGGGGAAAACAGGAGGAGUAUGUCUCAGCAGAGGAAACAUUAGCCGAUGAGCUGGAUGAUAAAAGUUUAUUUUGAGAAAUGAGGUGGAGAGAAGCAUCCACAUAGGAGCUCCACUCUGAGAAGACUUUGCAACAGGCAGUGAUGGGAAAUUCAGAGAGCCAGUACAGCAUCCAGGGCCCCAAAGGCACCAGCUUUGUCUUCCCUGGAAAACAAAAGCCAUACUCACUGAAGCUCCGCUCUGCCAAAGACAAUGCUCUUUCACCUCAUUCGUGGUGGAAAAGUGCCCCAGUAGGCUCAGGCUAUAAAGCUAGGUGUGUCGGCCGCGGCUGUCUGUCCCCUCCCAAAAGCCGGCAGCCUUACUCUGCCCGUCACUAUGACUACGUCUCCAAGGGAGUGAGGGGUAGCCCCAGUGAACAUCGCUGGCAUCGCUCCCCUGGAUGUGGUAUGCGAAGGCGACACAUGUCCGAUGAGUAUGAAGAAAAUCCAUAUGGGUCAGAACUUAACGGAAACAUGCUGAAUGGACAUAGUGAUGAGCAUGAGGCUGUAGAGGAACAGAGCAGCCCAAGGGUGGUGAUCAAAAAGGAUGGUAGUCUCAGAGUGGAGUUCACCAACACCUCUGGCAAUGCACUCCUCCUGGAUGAGACCUCUGGUCCCGUCCAGCUCCUGAAGUUCUCCCCCAAUCUGGAGUCCGCCUCCACUCCCAGUCUGCCUGGUUCUGGUGACGAUAGGCCUGAUGGUCACCGCAGCGGUCCACCACCUGCAUCCACCUCCUCCACCGCCAGGACUAGCAAGGGGAGUUCUCUGAGCUCUGAUGGCUCCUGGUAUGACUCUCCAUGGGGGCCCAGCACAGAGCUCUGUGAUUCGGACCAACCCUGCUCUGCCAGCAGAACACUAGUACCCUCCCCUAUCCACCAAUUAGACUCCUUCAUCAAACAGUCUCCCCCUGUGUCAAUCACAGACCUGUACAGGGACCCCACCAUGGCCGCCACCUUUCCCUCAGCCAGGGACCUGUCCUCCCAGUUACUCGAACCCCCAGUGGGUCCGAGGCCACACCGAGCCUCCUUCGCAUCUGUCCUGGAUGUGCCUUUAGAGGAAGAAUGCCCAGAGGCCCGGCAGUAUUCGUCAUACACCCUGCCCUGCCGCAGACCCAAAGCCCACACACUGAGUGAGGACCUGGAUCAGUACCCAGACCGGGAGCAGCAACAGGAGCAAGCUGAACCAGAUUUCAGUUUCUACAAGAAAGACUCCAUCAAAAACCGCAUCAGACGCUUCAGUGAUUGGACAGGCAGCCUCAGCCGCAAGAAGAGGAAAUCUCAGGGUUCAUGCAGGGAUCUUGUUUACAUGGAUGCCAGAUAUAAGGACCUGACUGAUGCCUUUGACAGUGGGGUUGAUGGCCUGACUGCAGACACCAGCUCCCCCUCCCAGGUUUCAAGCCUUUUCUGGUUCCCUGGAGCCUCCAGGGCUCAAUCGUCAGGGGCCAUACACCAAACCACCAGUGACGCCCUUCGUCAAAACAUUUAUGAGAACUUCAUGAGGGAGUUGGAGACGGGCACUGGACAAGUGGCAGGAGAGAGAAGAGAACCCUCCACUGGCACAGAGGAAGGGGAGAGCAGCAGCGAGUCAGUGGAGGGGUCCCUGGAGGAGCUCGAUCUGCUGUUUGAAAAGGAGCAGGGCGUGGUCAGACGGGCUGGGUGGCUUUCUUUCAAACCCCUUAUCACCUUGCACAAGGACAGGAAGCUGGAGUUGGUCACACGCCGCAAGUGGAAACAGUACUGGGUGACCCUGAAAGGAUGUACGUUGCUGUUCUAUGAGACCUACGGAAAAGGCUCACCUGAGCAGGAUCUGUCACCUCGCUACGCUCUCCUGGCAGAGGACAGCAUCGUUCAGGCUGUUCCUGAACACCCCAAAAAGGAGAAUGUGUUUUGCCUCAGCAACUCAUAUGGAGAUGUCUACCUCUUCCAGGCCACUAACCAAACGGACCUGGAGAACUGGGUGACAGCCGUCCACUCUGCCAGUGCCUCGCUGCUGGCCAAGCGCCAGGGGAAGGAGGAUACAGUGCGCUUGCUGAGGACCCAGGUACGGGGCCUUUUACAGAAGAUUGACAUGGACGGGAAGAUGAAGAAGAUGGCUGAGCUGCAGCUGACUGUGGUUAGCGACCCCAAGAACCGCAAAGCUAUUGAGAACCAGAUUCAACAAUGGGAGCAGAAUCUGGAGCGGUUUAACAUGGAUCUGUUCAGGAUGCGUUGCUAUCUGGCCAGUCUACAGGGUGGAGAGCUCCCCAAUCCAAAGAGCCUGCUUGCCAUCGCCAGCCGCCCCACCAAAACCACCUUAGGCCGCCUGGGGAUCUUCUCUGUGUCCUCCUUCCAUGCAUUGAUCUGUUCCAGAGAUGAGGCCACACUCAGACGGCGCUCGUUGUCCCUGACUUACCGACAACGCAAGCGAGGGCUGUUCUCCUCGCUCAAAGGCCUCGACAACCUAACGAAGAGAGGCCGGGACAAGAGGCCAUCUGCGUCACAGAUCUUUGAGAGCGACGCUGGGGGUCAGACGUAUGCCCUCCCUCCCAGGAGCACCGAGAGGCUGGAUGUUCUGGCCAGUAUCUACUCCAUGUCGCCCCCUGAGGGUGGUGUGUGGGACAGCAUCAACGGUGCCACAGACGUGCUGACGUGUGUCCACAUGCCAGAUGGGUUGACGGUCCAAAUUCCUGUCAGAAGAGACCAGCCGGCCACAGACCUUCUCUCUGCAGCCUGCAAGGUGAAACAGCUGGACCCGGGCCUGCACUGCCUCCGACUGCACAGGCGAGGGGGACAGGAAGUGGAGGUUCGAUACGUGACUCCUGUGGAGCUUGUCCACGAUGUGGUCAAUGAUCAGUUGGAGGUGGUCCCAGUUAAUGUGUUUACGCUGCACAUGAGCAAGUCGAGCGGCGCAGGAGAUUUUGGUUUUGCAGUAACUGGGCACAUAGACAGCCAGAAGAACAGCAGGAUCUUUGUCAGUGAGGUGCUUCCUGAUGGACUAGCUUUCAAUGAAGGUUUGCGUCCAGGUGACGAGAUCCUGGUCCUGAAUGGCAGGUGUGUCUCGGGUCUAGACCUGACGCUGAUCCAGACGCUCUUCGCCGAGCAAAACCUCCAUCUGAGCCUGAGGCGGGACGGAGCUUCACCUGUAAAUGUGUCCUCCAAGCACCUGGCCCCUCCUCCCAAACACAACCUGGAGAUUCGCAGCAAGCACCACCGAGCCAAGUCCUCUUCAGAUGUAUGCACUGCAGCUGACGGCGGUGAGUCCCUGUGUGUAGGAUUGGAGAAUGGUCACUCCCACUGCGCACACAGGCCUGUUCAGCACAGCAAGAGUGUAGACACAGUGUGCACCCUCUACCAGUCCUUCCAUGAGGGGACAAGCUCAGGGGGUCUGAUGGAUGAUACCAAGGUACCUCCAGUGAGGCAGGGGGGGGAGAUGGCGUCGGGCCCCAGGGGUGAAGCCACCUUGCUCCGGCCUUGCCCCAAGCACAUGAGCGCUACCGAGAGGUUACGCAAGGUCAUACAAGAGCUGGUGGACACCGAGAAGUCUUAUGUGAAGGAUCUGGCCUGUCUGUUUGAGAUCUACCUGAAACCGCUGCAGAAUGAAACCUUUCUAACACUGGAUGAGAUGGAGAGUUUAUUUGGUAGCCUACCAGAGAUGCUGGACUUCCAGAGAGUCUUUCUACAGACACUGGAGGAGAGGAUCGCCUCCUCACCUGACUUUAACACCCUGGAGACCCCUUCACAAUUCAAGAAACUGCUGUUCUCUCUUGGGGGUUCCUUCCUGUACUAUGCCGACCACUUCAAGCUCUACAGUGGCUUCUGUGCCAACCACAUCAAAGUCCAGAAAGUCCUGGAGAGAGCUAAGACGGAUCAGGCCUUCAAGGAAUUCCUGGAUGCAAGGAACCCUACAAAGCAGCACUCAUCCACCCUGGAGUCCUACCUGAUUAAACCAGUACAGAGGGUACUCAAAUACCCCCUGCUGCUCAGGGAGCUGGUCUCCCUUACGGACGCCGACAGCGAGGAGCAUUAUCACCUCUCAGAGGCUUUGAAAGCCAUGGAGAAGGUAGCCAGUCAUAUCAAUGAGAUGCAGAAGAUCUAUGAGGACUACGGCUCUGUGUUUGAUCAACUUGUUGCUGAGCAGACUGGCCAUGAUAAGGAGGUCACAGAGAUCUCUAUGGGAGAGUUCCUCAUGCAUUCUUCAGUGUUUUGGCUCAACCCUCAUCCAUCAUUGGGUCGUAUGAGAAAAGACCCUGAAAUCACUGUGUUUGUAUUCAAGAAAGCUGUGAUAUUGGUCUACAGGGACAACAACAAACUGAAGAAGAAGAUGACCAACCCUCGUUCGGCUCUCUCUCAUGGAGAUUCAGAUCCCGUUAAAUUCCGUUGGCUCAUCCCACUGUCAGCGCUGCAGGUCAGACUGGGAAAUACUGCAGGAACAGGCACAGAAAGCAGCUGCAUUUGGGAGCUGGUCCACUCCAGGUCUGAGGUGGAAGGGAGACCAGAGACGGUGUUCCAGCUGUGCAGCAGUGUCCCUGAAAGCAAGGUCAGCAUCGUCAAGGUGAUCCGCUCCAUCCUCAGGGAGAAGAACGUGAGGAGGAACAUGAGGAGCGAAGGCACGUUGGAGAGGAACUGUAAGGAGCGUUUGGCCCCUCUGCGCAGCACCCUGCCCUCGUCGGCCAAGCUCGGUUCCUCCAGGGCAUCCUGGGUGUGUAAUAAGCCUCUGGGAGACCUCUCCACCCAGGCUGGAAAUCCCAAACCAGGGCCAGACUCUGACGAGGGAAGCCUAAGCAGUGGAACCUACAGUUUGUCUGGGGUGCAUCCUCUCUGCACCCCGUCGGACACAAACAACCUUCCGUUCCAGCAGAACUGGUCUCAUACCCCUGGGUGUAAUCCGCAGCCUCCCUCCACCUCUGUGAAGGAGUCUGAUAUUCUGAGCGAUGAGGAUGAUGAUGGUUUCAGCGAGACGAGGAGGGACAGUGGAGACAGCAGCUCUCCCACCAGUGCCAUCGAGGCUCAGUUCAUCGAGCUUAAACUUUCAGAAGAAGCUGUGUUAAAAUGUACCCCAGCGCCCUGCGUCCAACCUGAGGGAGUUGGGGACACUCCAGAGAUGGAGCCCAAACUGAUGCGGAGACACUUUGGAGCCGUUAAAAGAAAACCAAACAGUCUGAGGAGGAGCCAAGGUGCACUAUUGAGCAUGAAGGAGCACAGCAGAUCACUGGACAGCCAGACGGACGCAGUGUCAUCAUCAGGUGUGGUGGACCUGAAUGUAUUACUGGAAAGAGAGUUUAGUGUCCAAAGUCUGACCUCCGUGGUCAAUGAGGACUGUUUUUAUGACCAAGUGGAGAGCUCUGCCACAGACUCUGGAAAUGCCAUGUCGUCUUAGAACGGAAGGAAGAACCGGCACCACGAGGCUGUUGUCUCUGAGCCAGGUUAUUAACUCGAAGGUCAGACGGACAGAUCAAAAGGUCCCUGCAUCACAUGAGGGGAAACUAGAGGUGGCUCUGAUGUAGGGCCUAGAAAAGCAAAGAAAUUCUGUCCAAAUCAUAAUGACUGCAAUGUUUCUGCCAAGCACUGACGCAAACCCUCGAUCUGUUCCAUCACUUUGCCCUGCAGCUGAUGCGGAUUGGCAGUUUUUAGUUGGAUUUUAGUAUUUUCCCUGACAAAAUGGGGCGACUGUUCUCUGUCAGUCCCACAUGUUAACGGAGGAGAGGUUCACUGUUAAUGUACAGCUACAGAAUACAGGGAGAAAAGAUGUUUCUCAGGCAGCAGGACACCUUUCAUAAGGUGAUCAUGGGCUCAGGCCUGGUCAAACAUGCAUAUGUAUUUGCCAACCAAAUACUGAAGGUCAGUUACUUGCCUAUAGCUUAUUGUUAAAAAUAAAAGUCUAUGUAAAACUAAUAUGGUCCACCCAAAGAACUGUAGCUGUACUUCCUGUUCAAGUCCUGACAGAGGGUAACUUUGACUUAAAUGAACAGGAAGGAAGACAAGAAUGACUUUAGUAACCAAGCCUUUUUUCGCUGUAUUUUGUGCACUAAAGUACACUGUUUGCCUAUAUAUUUUAAAUAUUUUUUAUCUGUACAGGUUUAAUGUAAUUGAAGCUGUUUUUAUUUAUUGAUAGGUUUGAUUAUGUACAUUUUUAGCAAAGUAACAUUUUGGGUGAAGGCUUGAACUGCUGGCUAAAAAGAUUUAGUCCACUGUAAAAGAUGCAAUACAGCUUGAUGUUUUUACCCCCUUUUUCCCCCCAAAUGUAGCCUAACAGAUAUAGACUGUCUUUUGCUGACGAUUGUAAUUUCCAGUGUAAGCAUUGGAAUGUGUAUUUGAUAUAUGGCUGCUUCACUGAAUGAUUUAUACUGCAAUAAUGUUUAAGACCCAAUGUUUCUUUUUAUCGUUUGUGUCCUGUAUAUAAAAUCUUUUCUAUCUUUGAAACAGUUAUGUAUCUUCUUAUACAUACUUGACACUGUACAGGUAAAAAAAAACAAAACAAGGCAGGAAUUUGAAAUAAAUGCAGCUGAUAUUUUUGUAAAACACAAUGGUUUGCCAUUGCAGUAAGGUACUAUACAUUGAGGUACUACAACAGGCAAACCACUCCUACAUUAACUCCUUACCUUCUCAGCUUAAAUUUACCAUGCCUUUAAUGCUAGCAUACCAAUGAAUGUGAAUGCCCCAUUCUUAUGGAAUCAUUUUAUAAAUAAAAGUUAUCUGUGAAUGACA